GGCUGGAUGACUUCUGCCUGUAGUUACCCCACCAAGACUCGCCCCGCCCACCGCGGUGAAGCUGCAGCUACUCCACAUUCUGCCAUCCUGCCAUCAGCAAUCAUCGUCACUCGCUUCGAGAGCUGUAGCACACACAGCCAACGCCUCCGAAAACCCUCCCCAUUGAAGACGGAUCAAAGACACUCGACACUCGGCAUCAUGGCGCCAGAUCCGGCUGUCCUGCAAAGACUCCAGGUCAUCGCAUCCAAACCCAUCGACCAACAGCCCGCCCUCUACGAGAAUGCCCUCGCCUACAUCUGCGACAGCUCCUCAGCGGACGCGACGGCCGACAACUUUAUCGCCGUCAUCUCCACGCUUUUCGAGCAUCCCUCUGGCGUGGUCAUGUCUCGAUCCGUCCUCGCCGCGUUUGUAGCACGACUGAGGGACCUCAAAAACCAUGACCUCUGGAUCGACGUCGGCAAUCGCACCCUGGACAUUCUGGCCGCGCAGUCCGCCGUCUUCCCCGAUGCCGUCGCCGUCCUGCGCGAGCUCAUCGCCACGGCGCACGAGAACAAUGAAGACUUUGUCGAGGCGGCCAAGGUCCUGGCCGACAUCCCCCUCGACUCGUCACAGCGCCAGGUCACCGUCCAGGAGCGCGCCACGACCUGGAUCCGCAUCGUCCGCAACUACCUCGAGGUCGACGACAGCACCGCCGCGAGCGCCUACAUCUCCAAGCUCAAGAACAUUAUGCACCGGGUCCAGGACCAGGGCCUGACGCUGCACUUCAACCUGUCCCAGGCACGCAUCCUCGACGCGCAGCGCGAGUUCCUCUCGGCGGCCAACAAGUACCACGAGAUCAGCUUCUCGCUCGCCAUCGCGGAGGAGGAGAGGCUGCACACGCUGAGCAUGGCAGCCAAGUGUGCCAUUCUGGCGCCAGCCGGGCCGCUGCGAAGUCGGACGCUGGGCCGACUCUACAAAGACGAGCGGUCGGCGCAGCUGGACGAGUUUGGGAUCCUGGAGAAGAUCUUCCUGGACAGGGUGCUCACAGCCAAAGAGGUCGAGACCUUUGCCGAGGGUCUGCAGCCACACCAGCUGGCGACCACGGCGGACGGCACGACCGUCCUGGCCAAGGCGGUCAUGGAGCACAAUCUGCUCGGCGUCUCCAAGCUGUAUAGCAACAUUCGAUUCGACGCCCUCGGGUCGCUCCUGGGUCUGGACGCCAACAGGGCGGAGGAGACGACGGCGAGGAUGAUUGAGCAGGGCCGACUGGCGGGGCGGAUCGAUCAACUCGGAGGGCUCGUCUACUUUGACGGUGGCGAGGCCUCUGGUCAGAAGGGGAGUGGCCGCACAGAGACUGUCGUGGGCAAGGAGAUGAGGCGAUGGGACGCCAAUGUGGAGAGUCUGUCAGAGGAGGUUGAGAAUAUCACAAACGCGCUCGACGAGCAAUUCCCGGCUUUCGUCGAGGCAAAUCUGGCCUAGGGCGGCAUAGAACGGAAUAAAGACGGGGGGAACGGGAACAAAUAGGCAUCAAGAGGGCAUGGCAUGGCGCAAACGGGCACGGUUCAUUCAAAAACACAGCAUAGGACAGGGCUUUCUUUCGCAAGCGACGCUAGUAGCGUGCAUCAUGGCGUAUACAUUCACUCCA